GAGGAAGCCCGUAUUCCAGUGCUAAAGUCGGCCAUUUUGGCUUUUCCCCGGUUAUGUUUACUGUCAAAGUCGACUUAACAUGCGACAUUUUUGCUUGUAUAUGACGUUACACAACAGCUAGCUAUCUAAAGGACCCCCGCAUCAAGAAGAGCGGCUGAAACCAGGCCUUAGGUUUCUACAAUGACAAUUGUCAUGAAAGGCAUCCCUGCUGGGGGUGAUUCUCCACAGGACAAUGCCCAGCAACAGCAGGUGCCACAACAGUCUUCUCAGAUAAAUCAGCCAAUAACGACACAACCUGCACCCAAUCCCCUACCACAGCAAAUGUCUAGCCUUCCUCAGCAGUCUUCCACAGAGAGCCAGUCAUCUACUGGUCAGUCUGCUGCUCCACCAUCUUCUCAGACAACCUCGUCACCGUCUCCAUUGUUGUCUGGAUCUUCGCCUACUAACCAGUCCUUGACUGUGGCUAUUGAAGAGGGAGGACAAGGCGAUGGAAAUGCUACAGCAGUGCCUGUGAACCCUGACCAGGAGCCAGAGUUUCCUCAUGUGGAGCUUGCAAGGUUAGAUGAAAUGAUAAACCGCCCACGCUGGGUAGUUCCUGUGUUGCCAAAGGGGGAGCUGGAACUGUUGUUGGAAGCGUCUAUCAAGCUCUGCAAGGAAGGCUUGGACAUUCGCAGUGAAGCUUGCCAGAGGUUCUUCCGUGAAGGGCUCACAAUAUCAUUUACAAAGAUUCUUACAGAUGAGGCCGUCAGUGGAUGGAAAUAUGAAAUCCAUAAAUGCAUCCUUAAGAAUGCAGAGAAAUUGAUCGAGCUUUGUGUGGCCAAGCUGUCCCAAGACUGGUUUCCUCUCCUAGAGCUAUUGGCUAUGGUCCUUAAUCCACAAUGCAAAUUCCACACAUACAAUGCAUCUCGCCAGUCUGAGACCAUGGCAGCUGUUUCUGGAAACCAAGUACCAGAAGAUGCACUAUUUGCUCGACCACCAGACCAAAGAACGCCUCGGGGCUGGCUAGUGGAUCUUGUCAACCGCUUUGGACAGUUGGAUGGUUUUCAGAUUUUGUUGGAUAGGUUCACAAAAGGGCCUCCUCUCUCAGUACCAGUUGUGGCUAGCCUAAUCAAACCAUUUGGCCUUUGUGCUGAAGUCUUGACUACACAUACCAUUCAAAAGUACUUUGUGCCCAUUGUGGAUAUUGUUCCUGAGUUUCUCGACAAGUUGACAGAUGAUGAGCUUAAAAAGGAGUCGAAGACUGAAGCAAAGAAUGAUGCUUUGUCAUCUAUUAUCAAAGCCCUCAAGCAGCUGGUCAGUCGCCUUCCAAACCAGGAGGAGAAGAUCAAAUGGCUGGAAAUUUUUCGUCUCAAGAUGAUUCUAAGAUUGUUGCAGAUCUCCUCAUUUAAUGGGAAGAUGAAUGCACUAAAUGAAGUGAACAAAGUGAUAACAAAUGUUUCAUUCCAUGCCAGUCGCCACUCCCAGCUGGAGGAGGAUGAGUGGCUUACUGCAGAGAAAGUUGCCGAAUGGAUCCAGCAAAACAACGUACUGUCUAUAGUGCUGCGGGACAGCCUACACCAGCCCCAGUAUGUGGAAAAGCUGGAGAAAAUUCUUCGAUUUAUGAUCAAAGAGAAAGCUCUCACUAUGGAUGAUCUUGACCGCCUGUGGGAAGCUCAGUCUGGAAAGCAUGAUGCUAUUGUCAAGAAUGUGCAUGACCUGUUGGCAAAACUGGCCUGGGAUUUCACACCAGAGCAGCUAGACCAUCUCUUUGAAUGCUUUCAGGGAAGCUGGAACAAUGCUAGUAAAAAGCAAAGAGAGAAAUUACUGGAGUUGAUACGCCGUCUGGCUGAGGAUGACAAGGAGGGUGUGAUGGCUCAUAAGGUGUUGACGUUGCUGUGGAACCUGGCUCACAGUGAUGAUGUGCCGACAGAAAUCAUGGACCAGGCCCUUACAGCACACAUUAAAAUCCUGGACUACAGCUGUUCACAGGAUCGAGAUGCUCAAAAGAUCCAGUGGAUCAGCCGUUUUGUUGAUGAAUUGAAGAAUGACAAAUGGGUUUUACCAUCACUUAAACAGAUACGUGAAAUUUGCCAGCUGUUUCCUGAGGCUCCUCAAAACUUUCCUCACACACAAAGAGCACCUCACAUGUAUUACCGGAAUAAUGUGAUAGGACAGCUCCAAAACCAGCAUUCCAUAGUUAUGCUGGUGUCACAGAACUUGUCUGCCUACAUGAACAAGGCACGGGCUUAUUCUAGAGAUCAUCCAGGAGAAGAUCCUUCAUCCAUAUUACCAGAUGGUAGAUUCCAUCAUAUUGCACAGGUUCAGGAAAGACUCAGAUUUCUCAGAUUUUUGCUAAAAGAUGGUCAGUUGUGGCUCUGCGAACCCCAGGCAAGGCAGAUUUGGCACUCGCUGGCAGAGAACGCUAUAUAUAUAUCUGACAGAGAAGCUUGCUUCAAAUGGUUUGCCAAGCUGAUGGGGGAGGAACCAGAUUUGGACCCAGACAUUACACGGGAUUUCUUUGAGCGCAAUAUUCUUCAGCUGGACCCAAGUCUUCUGACUGAAAAUGGCAUCAACUGCUUUGAACGCUUCUUUAAGCAGGUGAAUUUGAAGGAAAACAAGCUGAUUGCUAAGCGUCGUGGAGGAUAUCUUAUGGACGACAUGGAGUUGGUGGGCCUGGAUUACCUGUGGCGGGUUGUCCUGUUAGCUCCAGAUGAAGUUGCUGAAAAAGCAGUUAUCCUUCUGAAAGACAUUUUCACAAACCUUGGCCCACGAUUACAACAAAACCAGGUUGAGAUUCAUGAAGAUUUCAUUGGUUCCUGCAUCGAUCGAUUGAAAGCUUUAUUUGACACUGUAUCAGUUCUAGAAAAGGAUCACGAAAGCACAAGUCGUGUCAUGCAAGAAACAAUACGCAUGGUCCGGAUCCUUAAUGUGCUGAAGGAGUAUGUUGCUGAAUGUGAUGAGGCAUAUGGCGAAGAGAGGGUCAUUUUGCCUCUCAGCAGGGCCUGCCGUGGAAAACUUGUGACCUUAAAGGUGCGCUUUCCAAACCAAGGUCGUCAGGUGGAAGACAUUGAAAUCUGGUCCCAUCAUAACGAAACUGUUGGUGCUGUGCGUCGACAUAUUUUGCAGAGACUCAAAGCAAAUGCUAAUGUUAAAGUGGACCUUUACAUAAAUGGAGAGCAGAUUGAUGCCAGUGAGGACAAAAAACUAAUUUCUCAGAUUCCUCUACGAGACAAGACAGUGAGUGAUCACUUUGGUUGCUUUCAGACACUGACAGCCAAGCUUGUGCAAAUGGGCAGCAACAUGGCCAGCAGUCCUGACAGCAGCUCCGACAGCUCAGUGGGCUCACCGCACAAUCAGUAUGAGGGGCCUAAUGUGGAGGCAGAAAGUUGCUUGCCUGGUGUGCUUAUGUCUCAGAACUCAAGAUACAGCCAGUUCCUUUUCCAGUUGUCUGACCUCGGCUGUCAGCUUCAGGUACCUCGUCUGCGUGAUAGUGCCCGAGCUGUCUUGAAACUUAUGCCUGCAGAUGCCCAUACCAUGGAGAAGUUAAGGAAUGUGUGUAGGGAAAAUAAUCGGGUAGAUGGAAGUAUAGCUCCAGGUCUAGAGGCCAUGCUGUUCAACAACUCGCCCACACAAGUCUUGUAUAAUGUGGAGGUCACCUACUGUUUACUGAUGCCUGCUAUAGAACCUCUUUCAGAGGAAGCCUUCGAGUUUCAGUUUAACUUCGUGCGCAGUGGAGGUGUGCAAUUAGCUCUAAAUAUGUUGACCAAGAACAAUUUCCUGUCAAAUGCAGAUCUCCCAACUCGAAGGACAGCAUACCUGACAGUGCUAAAGAUCUGCAAGUUGAUGCUGACAACUGUAGGCCAUGCUCGAGUGCAGGUAGUGGUAGAUGCCUGCAACUCAGAGUCGCAGGUUCCAGCAGUCUCAGUAGCAGAACACAACCAAGCAGCUGCUCUACAGCAGGCCCUUCACUACAUUCCUGCACCCGAGUCUGAAUUCACCACUCGCGGCGUUGCUACUCGUCUUGGACAGCACAUGGGGGAGCAGGCAGCCUUUGUCUUGCCUGACCUGAACACAGUGAAGGCUAUUCAGAAGAUUGCCUGGGCAGCCAGCAGUUGUUCUUUGCACUUGGUCCAUACUUCUGUAGAAGAUAUACACCGUGCUCAUGAAAAGCCAAAGGAGGCCAUCCAGACAGAUAUGGAAGACAUAAGUGUGGCUCGAGAAGCACUGGAGACCCUCGCUGUGUGCCUCGCUCUCUGUCCCUCUGCUUUUGAUGCUCUUCAUAAAGACAAGGGCUGGCAGUGCUUCAUCAUUGACCUUCUCCUGCUGUGCAGAACAAAAUCAGUACGUAUUUGCGCUUCGGAGCAGUUCUUUCUGAUGGCCACCCGCUGUACCUCAAGCCAUGUGCCCCUCAUCUUCCUCAUCACUCUUCUCUUCACAGUCUUACAGACGACAGCAAAAGAUAAUGCAAAACAGUCUCAUGAAUAUUUCUCCCUGUUGUGUCGACUUCUGAGCUAUGCAGGAGCCAGUGAAGCUCAGUUGGCAACGGCUGAAACUUUGCUCAACAAUGAGAUCACAUGGUUGAAGAAAGUGAGGGAUCAGGUGCUAAAGACAGGUGAAGUGCAGGUAGAGGAAGCUCUGCUGGAGGGUCAUCUUGGUAUAACACGAGAGCUGCUGGCCUUCACUUCACCCGAAAAAAAGUUCAACAUAGGGUCUGAGAAUGGUGGAGCUGAUCUUGUGAGGGAAUUGGUAGAAGAUUUCAUUUUUCCUGCCUCCAAAAUUGUCCUGCAGUGUCGCAAAUCUCAGGGCGAGUUUCCAGCAGAACAGAAGGUAGCCGUGUGCUCAAGCCCUUUGACUGUGAUAGCUGCCUUUGACCUGCUGGUGGCCUUGUGUACAGGCUGCGUGCAUAAUCUCGAGUUUUUGGCUGCCAUGCUCAUUGAAAUGUACUAUACAAAUGAAACUCCUUUGUCAGAAUGGGAGUAUGUACCACCUGUUGGUCCUCGACCUCCCCGUGGCUUUGUGGGUUUGAAGAACGCUGGAGCCACAUGCUACAUGAACUCUGUUCUGCAACAGCUUUUUAUGAUAGAAUCACUGCGUAGAGGAAUUUUGGCUGUUGACGGUGCAGCAGACAACAUUGAAGAAGAGCUCCUUAAUGAUGAAAAGCCUGAAAAUGAGACAAACAUUGACAGCAAUGAAGAAGAGCACAAAGAUGAGGAAAAAGGGAGCCGAGAUGAGGAACGCAAAGACUACAACUUGGGGGUGCUCAAACAAGUUCAGGUCAUCUUUGGUCAUUUAGCUGCCAGCAAACUUCAAUAUUUUGUUCCUCGGGGAUUCUGGAAGCACUUCAAACUGUGGGGGGAGCCUGUCAAUCUGCGAGAGCAGCAUGAUGCACUGGAAUUCUUUAACAGCCUGGUAGACUCACUGGAUGAGGCACUCAAAUCUCUCAGCCAGCCAACACUAUUGGCUCAGCACUUAGGAGGAUCUUUUGCUGAUCAAAAAAUAUGCAAAGACUGCCCCCACAGGUACCAAAGGGAAGAGGCUUUCACAACAUUGAAUGUUGAUAUUCGCAACCAUCAAAAUCUGUUUGAAUCUCUUGAGCAGUAUGUCAAAGGGGAUUUAUUGGAAGGUGCUAAUGCAUAUCGUUGCGAAAAGUGUGAUAAAAAGGUUGACACAGUAAAAAGACUUGUUAUACGAAAACUCCCCAAGAUAUUAGCAAUACAAUUGAAGAGGUUUGACUAUGACUGGGAAAGGGAAUGUGCAAUCAAGUUUAAUGAUUACUUUGAGUUUCCACGUGAGUUUGACAUGGAGCCAUACACAGUACAAGGCUUAGCCAAGAUAGAAGGUGAAAUCAUUGAUGAUGACCUUGAAGCAAUGACUGUAACCAGUACCAAGUACCGCUUGAUCGGUGUGGUGGUUCACAGUGGGCAGGCCAGUGGAGGACACUAUUAUUCUUAUAUUUUCCACAGGGGACAACAUGAUGCCCAUCCUAAGUGGUACAAAUUUGAUGAUGGCGAUGUCAGCGAGUGCAAAAUGGAUGAUGAUGAGGAAAUGAAAAAUCAGUGCUUUGGUGGAGAGUACUUGGGAGAAGUUUAUGAUCACAUGUUGAAGAGGUCAGCAUUCAGGAGGCAGAAAAGGUGGUGGAAUGCGUAUAUUCUUUUCUAUGAGAGAAUAGAUGAAGUAAAAGAGGAUCUCAGCAAGGACAUUCAAAAGCUGUCAAUAAAUGAAUCUUCAACAGAACUCAAAAUGCCCGUGGCUAUUGAAAGGUGUGUUAGGAGGCAGAAUGUGCUGUUCAUGCAUGAGAAGAACCAGUUUUCAGUGGAGUACUUCCAGUUCAUGAAGAAGCUACUUACCUGCAAUCACUAUCUCAUCAACCAUGCUUUACAGGAAAAGAUGACUCCAGAUGUGGAACAGAUAUCCCUCACCAGUAUAAAGCUGGGCUGCAAGUUCCUUUUCAACGUUGGUUUUCAUACAAAAAAGUCAUUCAGAGGCCCUGCAGGGGACUGGUAUGAUGCUCUCCACAUGCACAUUCGCUGCAGUCCAGGUGUGCGAUCAUGGAUGGCACACAAUGUCUUAUUUAAUCAUCCAUCUCGCUUUGCUGAAUACCUGUUAGAGUGUCCAAGCUCAGAGGUUCGUAGUGCUUUUGCGAAGAUCAUUGUGAUUGUGGCCCAUGUGUCACUGCAGGAUGGGCCCUGCCCUCCACCUCUUAUACAAGGACUUUACACCAACCAGCCAGCAGACCCUAAUGCAACACUAAGUGAUCAUAUACUGAGUGCAGUGCUGGCAUUGUUACGGAAGGAAGUUUCUGAACAUGGACGGCACCUACAGCAGUACUUUAACCUGUUUCUCAUGUACCUUAAUCUUGGUGUUCAAGAGAAAAUGCAACUUCUUCGGCUAACGGUGCCUGCACUGUUUAUGCUGGUGGCAUUGGAUGAGGGACCAGGGCCCCCGAUCAAGUACCAGUAUGCUGAGCUGAGCAAGUUGUACUCCGUUGUGUCACAUUUAGUGAGGUGUUGUGAUGUGUCACACCGCUGCCAGUCCUCAAUUGCAAACCAGCCUCCACUGGCCAACAACCCAUUUGCUGACAGCCACUGUCCGCAGCCCUUGAUGCCUAUCCAGCCACCAGUUGAAGAUAUUCUAUUUGCACGAACAAUUUAUGUGAAGAAGCUUAUUGAAGAGUGCAACAACACAGAGGACACAGCAAAGCUUCUCAAGUUCUGUUCCUGGGAGAACCCCCACUUUUCUUCUACAGUUCUUAGUGAGCUUUUGUGGCAGGUGGCUUACUCUUACACCUAUGAGCUGAGGCCCUAUCUGGACCUUCUGCUGCAAAUGUUGAUGAUAGAAGAUUCAUGGCAAAAUCACCGCAUCCACAAUGCUCUGAAAGGCAUCCCUGAUGACCGUGAUGGGCUCUUUGACACCAUUCAACGCUCCAAGAAUCAUUAUCAGAAACGUGCUUACCAGUGCAUCAAAAUGAUGGUGUCUCUAUUCACACACUGCGCCCCAGCAGCAACCAUGCUGCAGGUCAAUGGAGAUUUGAAGCGCAAGUGGACAUGUGCAGUAGAUUGGCUGAAUGAUGAGUUAGAGAGGCGGCCAUAUCCAGGCAACACUCAGUAUGCAUACAAUAACUGGUCUCCACCAGCUCAGUCAAAUGAAACUUCAAAUGGCUAUUUCUUAGAGAGGUCCCAGAGUGCAAAAGUGACCCUUGCCAAGGCUUUUGAGCUGUGUCCUGAUGAAGAACAAGAGGAGGUUGAGAUGGGAGAGGAUCAUGAUGUCCCAGCUGAAGACAGCAGUGUUCCAACCUACCUCAGUCAGCAGCAACAGCAGCAGCAGCCGGCAGGUGGUAGCCAGCAACAUCAGCAGUCCUCCAAUCAGCAGCAGUCACAGCGACAAUCUUCCUCAACACAGCAACAGCAGCCUUCACAACCCUCUUCUCAGGCCAACCAGAAUCAGUUGACUGGAACACUUCCUUCCAUGCAGAACAACCAAGUGCAUGUGCAGGGCAGCGGUCAGCCGGCUCAGCCACCAUGCAACCAGAUAAACAACCAGCUCAAUCAGAAUCAGAAGCAACCCAUAGAGAACUCAGAAACUGGAGAAGAGGAGGAGAUCCCGUCAGCUCCACCAGUGCCUCAGAGUAGCAACAGUGACUAGAAACAAGCCUGCACCUUGUUGGUGCAGGGACAGCUUUUCUCUCUUAUCUACCACCCCCCUUCCCCAGCAAUCCCAAGUACUGAACUUUGCAGUUGUCUGCAGUCUCUUGCUGAAUUGUCAGAUGAUUUUUCAGCUUCAUUACCACCUCAUAUAGACACAUGCCAUUUUGAUCUACGAUUUGGUGGGUGAGAAUUGUGAGGUCAGUGCAGAGGGAGUAAAGCUGCCUGUUGUUUGCUGCAGCUCAUAAGCAUCCCCCCAGCUCCUGUGAUAAUUGUGAUGGUGUUGAGGUGUGGAAGUGGAGGAAAUGUUGAGGUUGAAUAGCUGCUUACAAGAAUGUGAAAAAAUGUUGCCAAAGAUUUAACAAGUUAGUGUAGUUUUGAGAACGCAGUUUCAUCAUUUAAAACAUGUUUGUAGAAUUCUGAAAGUUAAGAAAGCUGUGAAGUCAUCAACCUGGGGCAGUGCUGUGUGCAGAUUUUCAGCUUAGCUCCCUAGUCUUAACAAUUCUUUCCUUUUUUAUGACUGAGCAGCUUAAUGUAUCAUGGUAAUAGGCUGCAUGGGGCAGCUUGCGAUGAGGACAUUUCAGCAGCAAUGUGACCAAGUUAGGAAGGGAUCUUGCUUUCAGCAUCAUCAUGGCUGCCAUUUAAAUGGUUAUCAAAAUGUGAUCUCUUGCACUUAACAGUGUUUAGAGCGAUUCUGUUGAGUAAAAGAUGUAUUCCUUUUAGAUGAAAGCCAACCUGAGUAUUUUUUGUUAUGCAGUGUUAGCCAGUGUCCCUAGAAUUCUAAAGUUUUGCAUGGGCACAGCUAUGAAGCUUUCAGUAAAGGCACCUGUAAAACUGUCACAGGUAUCAUGUCAGCAUCUUUUAUUGCCAGAAGAUGGAUGAAUUGUGAACAAAUUGUUUGCCUCAUUAGUGACAUGAGAUCCUAGGCUAAGUACUGGUUUAAUAGGAGUGUAAGUACCCUUUGAAACUUUCUAUUUUUGUCUUCUGUGAAAAGAUCUAGAGGUUAUAUGUUGUCACUUUUCCCAGUCUGCUCACAGCAAAGUAUGAUGCAAGUUGUGAAGGCUGCUGCAAUCAACUCUAAGAAUGCAGACUGGUAUCUUCUUUUGCAAAUCCAUCUGUUUUCUUUUUUUAUUUUAAAACCACCAUGUUUUGCUGCUGCUACUGUAUCAUGUCAUGGACUAUUUUGAGCUUUGAGGUGGUAGGGUGAUGUCUCAAAUUGAAGCAUCCUGAUUCAAGUUGAUCUGUAUAACAACAAAUUGAAGGAUUUUAUUGUUGCUUUGACCUACCACUAAAGCCAGAAAAGUGUAUAGUGUUUGUAAAAUUUUUAGCAGGGUCUGACUCGCAGUUUUGGUGGUGAAUACCUCCAGUCAGUUUGAACAGAUGGUGAAAUAGCGUGCAUGUAGGUGCAAAUACUAAUUCUUAUGAAGGAAAAAGUUUUCAUCUGCAGCUGUCAUGUUUUUUUCAAAGUAUCUAAAACUUAAAUGAUGUAACGGGAAGAUUUUACUUACCAGUUAGUCAUUUAGGAGAGGGAGCACAGUUAAUGCAGUAGUAUGCAUUGAUAUGUUUCUGUCCACAAUUAGACGGGGAAUAUUACAGGUCAUCAGGUACUUUUCUUUUGCUCUGCUGAAAUAGUUUUAUUUCUUAUGAUAGCAGAUUUUGUUAUCUUUAAAAGUUCUUUUCUUCGUUGAUUUAGGGACUUCAGCUAAUGCAUGUAAAAAAAAAAUGCAUAAAAAUGCGAAUUCAUCUCUUUCCUCCACAAUAUCACCUCUAUCUAUUCUUUGUGUGUCGUUGAGUGUGUUUGUGUUAGGAGAGAGAAUCAUCUAUGCCUGCAUGAUAUCCAUUUACUCAGAACUUGGUGCAGUGAUAUAUGUGCAAGGCUUAGCUUACAAAUGGAUCAAAUGCCCUUCAGUUAUAUUCUUGAUUUUCACUGCCUGUUGUCUGCUCGCUUUCUUGCUUCUAUAAAGAGAUAUUGUCAGCAAUUUGUUGCACUGAAAGGUAGGAGAUGGUUUGUUACCCAUGGAUUGGUGGUGGUGGUGGGGGUAGGGGGUGUUGCUUCUUCUUCCCCUUUCUCUUUUUCUCUCUUAAAUCUACACACUUCACAUGAUGAAACUUGUUUCAACUUGGCGUAAAAUAAAAAUAAAUGCUAUUUUGACAGACAGUACGUCUGUCUACUGAAAAAUAUCUGUGUUAAGUCUGAAUGUAUUGUAAUUUGUAAAUAUUGUUUGAUUUUGUGGCACCUCUCUCCUCUUAUUCAAUGUGUGUACUGCACAAUAUCUGAGCAUGUACCUAGUUUAGUUUAGAUCUGUGCAUGCAUAAGAGCCCAGAUGCACACCAUGAGGGCUCUGAAUGCUUUGCCAGCAACUGUGACAAUUUCUUUGCCUGACAUUUAGUAGUAAAAAUGUUUAAUUCUGUGUAAAGUACUGUUGGAGGUUCUCGGUCAGGAACAGGAGGUGCCACAUUACAGCAUGUGACCUGCAAAACUUGUAUUAAGCCUUUGCUGAAGACAGCAGUGUUUUAGAAUUUGGAGUGGAUGAUAAAGUCUUGAAAACACUUA